GGUUAAGACACGAGUAAAGUCUGUGAACCUCUUUCGCGAGAGUAAAACUCGUUUGGAAACUAGUUUUUGAAAAAUCGAGUAUUGAGGAUAUCAAGGAUGUUUUAAGAAAGUUUGAAUUUGAAAAGUAUUUUAAAUUACUUGUAUUUAAGUCGUGAUUUAAAUUGAGAUUUUUAAAGGUCGUCAAUGGUAGAGGAUUUUUUGUGAAAUUCAAAUUUUCAAACGAGGUGUCGAGGUGAGGCGCACGGUGAGAGUCACCGGAGUGACAGCUGAACGGUCGAAAAUUUCGUACAUAAUAGAGAGGAGUGCUGUCUAGGAGGGUGAGACGGUGAGAGGAAUCGCAAAAAAAGACAGAGAGAGCAGAGGAAAGAGAGGGAAGUAGAAAGAGAGAGAACGGGAAAGCGUUUGAGGGGAAAUACUGUGCUGCCCCCUUCCGUGGAAUCGUUGCUCCCCACCAGACCCCAGUCGAAUCAGGUCUCUGCUGAGCAGAACGGUUUUUACCACUGAAGACUCUAGUCAACUUUACUUUGGAGUAUUCAGUUUGAAAAUUUUACUUCGGCUACUCGUCUCAAUCUCAAGAUUUCUAACCUAAAAUUCAAAUCCUGCUCAAGGCUUAAAAAGACUUUCGAAAUUUCGAUCCAGGAUUGAAAGCUCUAAAGUGAGUCGCGCGACGGUGUUGCGUGGACUAGUUUCUGGGAUAUCUUUGUCGCGUGUGGUGCGGAAACCUGGAGACUGAAGGCUGAGGAGAGUGACGUGAGGAAUUUCUCGCGUGGUUGUCCGGUGUUGAAGGGGGACGGCGGUGUGAUAAAGAGCGGAGGGUGCCGUGGGGAGUUAAAGGGGGUGUGAGAGGGUGAGCGAGUGUGAGAGAGAGCGCUCUGGUGAGAGCAGUUGGAAGCGUAGUUAUCACAAUGGCUUCCGUGAAAGACACAGCUACUUUCUUCGCGGAGGGUACCGCGAAUCAAUUCGAACAUGUAAUUAAACUGUAUCCCCAGGCCUUGCGACUUAAGGCAGAUAUCAAGACGAAGAAACCGGACGAGCUGAUCAAGCUGGACAAUUGGUAUCAAAAUGAAUUGCCAAGUUUGAUCAAAGCUCGUGGCAGAGAUGCCCACCUCAUCCACGAGGAACUAGUACAGACAAUGAAAUGGAAGCAGAGUCGCGGCAAAUUUUACCCGCAACUUUCGUACCUGGUGAAGGUGAAUACGCCCCGGGCGGUGAUGGCCGAGACGAAGAAGGCGUUCAAGAAGCUUCCAAAUCUCGAACAGGCCAUAACUGCCCUCUCGAAUCUCAAGGGCGUUGGUACCACGAUGGCUUCGGCACUCCUGGCAGCAGCCUCACCUGAAAACGCACCUUUCAUGGCCGACGAGUGUCUUAAGGCUAUACCCGAGAUCGAGGGUAUUGACUACACCACCAAGGAGUACCUUAAGUUCGUCCAGCACAUUCAAAACACCGUGCAAAGGCUCAACAAGCAAACAUCGAACGGUAAGACUUGGAGCCCACACAGAGUGGAGUUGGCCCUUUGGACACACUAUGUAGCUUGUGAACUAAAACCUGAGUUACUCGAUGAAAUGCCGAUGGCGACAGAGAACGGAAAUUCUCAUCCAGCCAGCAAUGGCGAAGCGACGGAGCCGUCGGACGAUAGUAAUCAAGAACCCGCCGUUGUCGUCUCGAAUGGCAAGGAGCCAGAGCCAAUUCAAAUUCACCCAGCCGUCAUCGACGAGAACAGCACCACCAACUCGUUCACAGAGGACUCGAUGGACAAGGCACCCACUCCCGUCGCCGCUAACGUGCCCAGCGAGGACGAUGACAGCAAUAAUACUCCUCGUCCCACUGACAGCGAAGACACCGAAGACUCGCAAGACGCUCAGGAGCCACCGACCAAAAAGAGCAAGAAGUGACCCCGCAGCCAAUCCCCAAUAAACCCUGUAAGUCACCUCGUAUCGGCCGCCAAUCUCGCGAUGAUCGCUGCCAGACGCUUCUAGCUCGAAAUCGCGAAAUAUAACUUAAUAAAAUCUUCUGUCGAGCCUCCCUUACCAUUUCCUGUUUCUCCUUUUCUCAUCUCAUGAAGACGACUGGCCGGGUUCCUCUCCCUCCAGGACCAAGAGAGACAGCUAGUGUCUUUCUUUAACAUAGAAUUUUAAUACAAAAUAAUUGGAGGAAAACGUUCCAGGGUUCGUGUACAAAAGUGGACUUUGUGAGGAGAAUAUUGAGUCGAAGUAGUUGGGUUUUUUUUUAACCAGCGUCUUCACUUGGAAGGUUUUGACGCGGUGAUGAAAAUUCACGUUCCAUUCUAGAUUUGAGACGAAGAGUGAAAUAUGGGGGGAUGUGAGAAGUUUUUUUUUUGUUUGUCUUUUCUAUUUCGGUUGAUUUAACACAAAUGUUUAUCAGGUGUAAAUUUGUACUAAGAAAGAGAAGUGGAUCUGAUAUUGCAUUCGGUUUCACUUUGUCACAUUGGAAUUCUAACUCACGAAAUAGAACGUAUUGGAAUGUAGCCCAAGCUUCUUCGUUUAGUUUGGAUUUGGCGACCACAUUUCUUGAUUCGGAAGCAUACAGUUUAAAUGUGUGUGUUUUUAAACAUCAGAUUAAGCGGUGGACUUUCUGAAUCAGAAUAAGUUUUUAAGUUGUGGCUUUUAACAUGUGAGAGCCGUUAAUAUUAAUUUCUCAAAUAUACCAAGAAUAUUGCAUUCCACAUUCCGUUUUACUUCUCUGUAUUGAAGCCAAAUCAAAGCACGUUACCAUCUCAUACUAAAUUGAAUCGGAUUUUUUUUUAAAUUGCCGAAUGGGCGAUGGAUUCAUUGAAUCCGAACAAAGCGUUCAGGGUUGGUUGAAUUUCGUUUUAUUUUUUUUUCCUUUGUUUUAUUUUGAUCAUUGAUGUUUAAUCGAGAUUAAGUGGAAUUUCUUGAGAUAGCACAUUCAAGCUUCUAAACUGGGACGUCCUAAAAUUUCAAGUUCAAAUAAAAUUACUUAAAUAUUAUUACUUUUCGUAUUAAUGAGUGACUCACCUCAAUCUGUCAUUUUCCCUCGAAUACCUUCUGUCUUUCUCCUUGCAAGGUCGUCAGGCUUAUCUCUCAAGAUGCCAAGAAGUCUAACUUACUACAACUUACUCACGAGUGAAUUCUUUCUGAUGAAGUCUCGGGGAACCCACCGGCAGUAGGAGAAAUAAAAAGAGGGGAAUAACAUCUCGAGAGUGAAACAGAAACACAAACACUGAAUGAGAGAAGGAAAAAGGGGGUAGGGGUGGGGGGAGAUCGAUGACAGAAAGGCGGAAUCUGCAGCGACAAAGGCGGUGCGCGCUGAUUGCAUUGAUAACAUUACUAGUAAAUAAAUACUACCGAAUCAUUACCAUAAUUUAUAUACCUAAACAGAACUGCAUGUCAGAGUGAUGCAUGGAGUAAACCAAAUACCUUGUAAGUAAACUCUAGAGACAAAGGAGAAAGCACGUGAAAAAAAGAAAAUGAUAAACAAAGGUAACGCCUCGAGUCCACCGGAGGAACAAUGACGGCAUACUUGCGCACCGCGCGUCAAGGUUUUUAUGUACAGGGAUUUAACUAGUAUUUUUGCAUAACGAUUAACGAGAGCGAGAGAGAGAGAGAGAGAAAACAAAAGAGGUAUAAUGAAAUUAAUUGGUGAGAAAGAGAGGGAGUGAGUGUGAGAGUGAAAGAGAUAGUUUAGAGAAUAUUAGCUUGAUUGGGAGCGUUCAUUCAAAUUUUAUAAAUACACAUUAUAUAUUAAAUAUAUAUAUAUGUAUUUAUAUUAAAUAUAUAUAUGUAUGUAUAUUAAAUAUAUAUGUGUGUGUGUAAUUUAGCAACAUGAUGGUCUGGCUGCGAUGCUCGCGACCUUUUACCGCAGUCGGCCGAAUCAGGUCAGCUGAGCGAACCCCCUGCAAGGAAUGUUUAAACCACUUUAAAAAAGUUUACGCUAAAUCCCGUAUUUGACAUCUUUUUCAUUCGAAACUACCGGGAAAAGAGAUGACCAUUUUCUUUCCUCAGCUUGGAGUGUAAAUGCGAACAAAAAUUGAUUAGUAGAAUAUUUCGUGUGAGGGGUCGCUGAGCAGAAUUAAAAAAAAAAACUUGUUCCUUCAUUUUCCACAUUUGCGUCUCUAGCUCAUUUUUGUUUUUUUUCUUCAAAUUUUUUAGUGUUGGCUUCGGUGUUUUUAGAACGUUGACGCUGACGACAAAUGCGGUUAAUUGUAAUCAUUGAAGUAAGAGGGAGACUCUCUUUUGUAAUUGUAAUUAUGAUAUUUAUUUAGCGUCUAAUUAAUUCCUGGCUGUCGAUUCUUUUUGUCCAGCUGGACGAAAAAUGUUAUGUUUCAAAUCCGUUUUUUUUCGACUAAUUUUUUUUUAAUCUUAUUUGGGUUCUUCAAAAGUCUCGAUAUAAUUAUAUUUAUGUUAGGAGCUAAUUUUGAAAACUCCUUGCGUCUCGAGAUAUUCUUUCCGGCGAUGAUGGCGACGACGAAUAACGACUAAGGUUACUACUUGGACGAAUAGCGGGUAGUUUUUAUUAUUAUUGUCUUAAUAUACGUGUAAUUAAAGUAAUAGAAUUGUUUAUCUUGUCCGAUGUUGCUCUUCUACGCGUAAGUAAUUAUUAUUCUCAUAUGUACCACGCAAACAUUCCAGAGAUUUUAACUUUAAUUUUUAAAUGUAAUGGCUAAAGUAGAAAAAGGGAGGGAUUUUUGUUUUUUAUUUUAAGGUGCGGCUCGUGCGUUGUUUGUUGUCGCCGUUUCGUUUUGGUUCGCUUCGGCUGAUUCCCGGACAUCUGGUGGAAAGAAAGAAAGAAAGAGGGUGUUGAAUUUACUGGAAAAAAGUGCGAGCGAGAAAAAUUUAAAUACUUAAAACAAUUUGAAAAUGACACCCCGAAGCUGGAUUUUGUACUAACGACGGCUAUUUUGUAAGCUAAUUUUGUAUAUUCCUGAUCUUCGAAGACAUCACUUGUCUCACUUGAGGCUCUUUUUACAGCCUUUGUGAGAGAAUAGAGCCUUAAUUUUAAUUUUAUCAUGGAAGUGAUUUUUGGACCGAUCGUCAACGCGUAAAAGACGUAGGAGUGUGUAUAUCGUAUUUCUCGAUGGGAGGACGAAAAAUGUACCAUUAUAAUAUACUAUGUUAAAACUGCGAAUGUAUGAAUCCUUUAGCUUUAACGCGUUUUUGCGUAGCGUCAGUAAUUGGAGAAUUACGACGCUGGACUUCCGGUCACCGCAAAAUACAUAAAGAGCAGAGGCUCUUAAUUGAAAUGAAACAUUUCUCGGAAGUUUGCAAAUCUGAAAAUGUCGAUUCACAAUUUAGAAUUUCGUUUCUCUUUUUUUUUUCCUUUUUCUUUGACUAUUGUUGAACAUUUUCAUUAUUUUCUUUACUUCUUUUAGUCGGUGUAUGGAAUCCGGCGAAGUUCUUGCUCUUGCAGGAUGGAAGUUAGGAACGCUGCAAAAAUCGAGUUUACGAAUCACUUUUGUAGAGAGAUGCACACGUUUCGUGUAAAAAUGUACAAGCGCAUACCGAGCGAGGUUUUGACCGCUGGAAAAAUAAAGAACUAAGACUACACCGAAAAAAGAGAGCAUAAUAAGUGAGAAGCCCCUGCGGGGGGAUGCCUCUAAACUCCAAACUGAACCGUGAGCGAGAAAAACUGACCUGAGGUCUGUUUUUUAGCUAUACAGAUGGGGGGAAAAAUGAAGAAAUUCUGUUCUGUAACUUGGGAUAAAUAAGCAAAUGUAUGUCUGAAAUAAAGUGUCGUUUGAAAACAGUU